UUCGCUCAGAUGAUGGCUAAUAUACGAACACAAUUCGCUACUGACAAAACAACCGUAGACCGCUUUUUCCGGCUCGACCAAAAAGGCAAAGUCCAGGCCAAGUACAUCUGGAUAGACGGUACAGGAGAAAAUUUGCGGUCCAAAACACGUACACUCGACUUUGAGCCCACAUCUCCGGACCAGUUACCAAUAUGGAAUUUCGAUGGCUCAUCUACUGGCCAAGCUCAAGGAGACGAUUCUGACGUCUACCUGAAACCGGUGGCCCUUUUUCCCGAUCCAUUUCGUCUUGGUCCCAACAAACUCGUUCUCUGCGAAACAUUAGAUAACAAGAAGAAACCAACUGUUACAAAUAACCGUCAUCGAUGUUUGGAAGUCAUGGAAAAAGCGAAAGACCAGCAUCCGUGGUUUGGAAUGGAGCAAGAAUACACUCUUCUGGACAUAGAUGGACAUCCAUUCGGUUGGCCCAAAAAUGGCUUUCCAGGACCACAAGGACCGUAUUACUGUGGCGUUGGAGCAAACAAGGUAUACGGUCGAGACAUAGUGGAAGCUCAUUAUCGUGCUUGCUUAUAUGCCGGUAUCAGCAUUUCUGGCACGAAUGCCGAAGUGAUGCCGGGGCAGUGGGAAUUUCAAGUUGGUCCUGUCGAAGGAAUAGCGAUGGGCGAUCAACUGUGGAUGGCGCGCUUUCUUCUCCUUAGAGUAGCCGAGGAGUUCGGUGUAGUCGCCUCACUGGACCCGAAACCUAUCAAAGGAGAUUGGAAUGGCGCCGGAUGUCAUACUAACUUUUCCACCGCCUCGAUGAGAAAGCCGGGUGGUAUUAAUGAUAUCAUGACGGCGAUCAAUAAAUUGUCACUUGUCCAUCAUCAACAUAUCGCUUACUAUGAUCCUAAAGGUGGAAAGGAUAACGAACGUCGUCUGACUGGUCUUCAUGAGACCGCAAAAAUCGAUCAAUUCUCCUAUGGUAUCGCAUCGAGGGCUAGUUCGAUACGUAUCCCUCGUCAGACGGACGAUGACGGCUAUGGCUAUUUCGAAGAUCGGCGACCAUCGUCAAAUUGCGAUCCUUACAACGUGACUGCGGCUCUUGUGCGAACAGUCUGUCUGGAUGGUGAUGAUCGGAAGCUGUCAAUGAUGUACGUACCAACCACAUGUGUCAGUGGAUGA